GUUACGGGACCCUCACCAUUGAAAUCCAGCCACAAGUGUAUGUUUCCAUCUGAUCCUCCUCUCUCUCUCUCUCUGUUUUCCUUCCGUUUUCUCUCCAUCCAAACAAUCAAACCCUAGAUUCAGCCAAACCCAUUUUACUUCUGUAUCCGCAAGAAAUGCCAGGAACUAUUCAGGUCUCAGUUUCUGGUCUCAGUGACGUUCAGACAUCUUCAGGAUCCUCAGACACUUCCAUUAAAGUUUCCAUGGGAAAGACAGAGUAUCAAACUUCGGAUUCAGGAGACUACAGUUUCCCUGUUACGACUCUGCGAGAUAAGUUGACUGUUACAUUGGUAGAUGCUAACGGAAACGACGUAUCGCGUAGAGAAAUAGAGAACAGACUGAUAAUAGAGAGAGGUUUCUUGGAAGAGAAGCUUCAAAUCGAAGGUCGUGGAAAUGUGCUUCUGAAACUGCAGUUUGUUCUCAGUGAAGAAGAUCGUGAUCGCAUCCGUUUCUUGAGACAAUCUGCACUGAGAAAGAAGCAUGAGGAGCUAGUCUAUGGCAAUGCUUCAAAACCUAAAUUCAUAGCCUCAGAUCCAAGAAAAAUGGCUGCAGAUGAACAUGUAAAUCCAGAGAGAAAUAAGUGUUUGUCUCAAGAAACCGAGUUCAAAUCUAAUGCAGAUGGAGAACCUGUCACCUCAACUCCUGUUUCAUUACGGCGGUCUUCUUCAGAUGUUUUUGCAAUUAAGGAAUCUUCAGAGGUCAUAAAAUCUGAAACCGUCUCGUUUGUUAAAGAAAAUUCGUGUUUGGACAAACUGGAGACAGGCAAGAAACCAAAGGCGAUGAGGCGGAGUAUGUCAGAGAGAAAUCUUACCAAUGUGAAGAAAAUGAUAACCGCAUUUGAGACAGGACUCACUCAGGAUAAGAAGAUUGGGGCAACACAGAAGACAAUGUAUACAGAGAAUGAUCAUCAAUGCAAUGAUUUAUUAAGACACACCAAAGAUGAGAAGACAAUGGUUUCAAUGGACAAGAAUCUGGAAGAACAACCUAGAAGAAGUAACUCAUUAAGCAAGCAGAGGAGAAAACGAAGUUCUGUUGCAGAGGGAAGGGAAGAGAAACAGAUCAAAUUUACAUGUACUGAGGAUUUUCGACAGUACAAUAUCCGAGGUUCCCGUCUCUGGAUAUUUCCGGACGGAGCAAAGGAUUCAUGCACGACAGCUUCUGGAACAAGGCAUUUCGAUUCGCCAGGAGCAAAUGGGGUUCGGGCAAAUACUGAUUCCUGCGUUAGAGAAAACACCAGUGAGAAUCCUCUUCAGAAGGGCUUUAAUGGCGGUAGCUAUGCCAAAACCAACUACAAGUGGAAGAACAUUCAAAGAUCAAAGAAACCAAAGCCCGAGACUUCUGAAGAUUCUGAGAGAUCCAGGGGACCUGUUGGGCAGGUAAUGAGAGCUUUGAUCAUGGUGGGUUUUGCAAGUCUAGUACUUUUGACCCGACAAAGAAAAAACUGAUAAAUCCACUUGAGAUGGAGAUGUUGCUUCAUGUGGGGCAUUUCGUUGGCAAACGCCUUCAGAUUCUUUUUAAACCCGAUUGUAAUAAAUGUAUAUUCUCACUGAUAAAUUUUCUAAGAUGCUUGAUAUCCAUCGAAGACAUGGGAACAUCGAGAAAGUUUCGUCCUUUAUCAACGAAACCCAUUCGGGUCUUCCAAAAAUCUGAGCUUUAUAACGACGCAGUUGAAGCCGGAAACCAGAGCAGGGUUUAAGAUGAUAUCUUCAAAUGUUAUGGAAAGAAGUGGAAUAAAGUAAAAGAUUUGGGAGA